UCGCACGAAUCCUCUCUCUCUCUACCUUGCUCCGACUUUCUCUCUCUAGGUCGAGCUGCCUGUGCGCCUCCCAUCCCCGUCUUGCUUCCUCACAAUGUCGAACAAAUCCGGCUCGGGCGCCCCCUCAACCAUCCCGCCGAAAGAUAAGCCCUCGGAACCCGAUGUUUUACAGGAGUUGGAGGGGCACUUCUCUCCUGACCCGCUCCGUGAGAAGGGCGCCUGGACUCCUCGCGCCAGGUCUCAAGCGUCUAGCAAGAGCGACGCUCCCUCAGACGCUACACCAAUCAGCUCUCAGGCCACGUCUACACGUGACACUGCGGACAAGGGCGCGGCGGCGCCUCCCUCGAAGCCUCCCUCGAAGCCCCCUGCAAACCCUGCUAGUGACCAAUCGGCGCCCUCGAAUUCCCAACCAAGUAAGUAACAACCCGAUUUUUUUUUUUUUUUAGGGCCGGCGCCUGUAGUCUUUAGAAUUGAUACCACCUUUGCAUCAACCCUUAUAGCGCCUCGCCCGGAUCAUCACAUUCUUCCGGACCGACGAUGUCUCCACCGUCUUCGGACUCGGACGCCGAUGGGGGUGAUUCCCUUAAGCUUAAGAGAUGGGUAGAUACCUGGCCGUCGGGACAAGCGCCUGACGAAACACACCAUCUCCCGCUUCAUGAAGGGGGGCCACGUAAAAUUUCAACAAUAAAAUCCUUGGAGUUAG